AUGGGUACAAAAACAUUAAACGAUAUUCAUAAUGAUAUGAAGCAAUUAAUAACAGCAAUAACUUCAUUUGAGCAAAAUGAAGAAGGAUUUCAAAUUUGCGAACGGUUUUGUAUGAAUAGUAUUAAACAUCAUCGAUUUCUAUCUAUUAACAGUAACACUACAAAAGAAGCUAUUAAGGCUCUGAUCACAAAAUUUUCAAUUCAUGGAAAGUACGAUGUAGCCCAAAAGUUUGAAGAACUUGUUAAUAUGUUUUUAUCAAGUUUUGAUUUUGAACAACAUCCACAAUAUGAUUUACAAUGGUAUUUGCUAACUUUACUCUUGGAAUUGUCCAAGGACACUAAUCAAUGCGAUUUGGAAAGUUUGAAACCAACACGUGGAGAAUGUACUUUCAAUGCAUCCGGUGAAAAGGAAAUUGAAACUACAGAAGAAAUCGAUUGGGCCCAGUAUUUAAAAGAAGGUCAAGAGGCUUUUUUCAAUGGUUAUAAGAGCGACACUGAAAGUGAAUGGUCUGAUAAUGCUGAAGAUGUUCCUGACUUAAGUACAAACUUUCAAGCAUGUACAAAUCUUACAGACACAGAUAAAGCGAUAUGUAUAGCUACUACUACUGAAAAAGAAAUAAAUACAUUGUCUGCAGCACUAAAUGAAGAACUUAAAUCCAGGAAUUGGUUGUUAUCAAAUGUUCAGAACACAUGGUGGAACGAAUUGGAUUGGUGGAAAUAUCCGGUGAAGAGUCAGUUUUGCGAUGCUUAUCUUUGUGAAAUUUGGCAGAAAGCAACUGAGACAGAUUGUAGUAACUGUGGGACCCUCGGUGAAUAUCUAGUAUGCAGGGAAUUAUUGUGGAUGUUUUAUGUUCCUACGCAUAUGGUGGUAUUUCAACAAAACGAAGAUAAAGAUUUUUGUAUUCGUCCUGAUAUAUCUGUACCCAGCUUAACUGCUGUUGCUUUUAAUAGUAUUCUUUUACCGUUUUGUGAGUACUUUUCUAUGAUACAUGAGAUAGAACAGUUUGGCGUCGAAAUAUACUCAAAAGAGAAUAGUCUGUAUAAAAAACCACCUUUAACUUACGAAGCAUAUAAUGCAGCGCUGAGACAACAUUUGAUGAAAUUUAAAAAUGAAAUAAUUGAUAUAGAAAAGAAUCUUAUGAAACAAGAUGAAACUUUUACAUUUUUGUCCUUGUCGACUCUCUUAAAAACACAUUUGUAUAAUAUAAAAAUUCUAUACGAAGUUCAUCAAAGAGCUGUGUCCGACUGGAAAAUUCAUCCAAAUUGGAUGUGUGCGUCUAAGUUAUUAUCGUCUCUGUAUUUUGAAAUGCAGAAGUCGCACAAUCGAAAAAGAUCAAAUAUCUGUGCUAGCUUAUAUUUGUCUAGUCUUAAUGUUUAUCUAAAUAUAAUCGAUACAUGGUUAAGCGAGGGACGAUUUGAAGAUUGGAGAGGCGAAUUUAUAAUUGUCAGGUGUUUAAAUGGUACAACGUCAGAAAAUAACGAACAGUAUAAAGCAUUUUCUCUAAGAUCUUUGGAUAGUAUAUGUAUGGAGGACCCGAUAAUGCAGUUUCUAAUAAAGAAAGUGCAACGUAUGGGACAAAGUAUCGAAUUGUUAGUAUCUCUAGAUCGUAUUACAGACAUAUGGAAAAUUAACACUGUAAAUGGUAACAUGCCUUUAAACGACGAGUUUUACUGUAAAUUAAAAAUCGAAAUUGCUAAAUAUAGCAUGCACGAACUGAAAGAAGGCUCAUGCCAAGAAAAUGCAGAAACAUCUGAUAAAUAUGAUGAUGAUGUGGAAAGAGCUAUUAUACAACAAUUGACCGAAUUCAAUAAUCCAUUUCUAUUAAAAGCUUUGGAAGACUACAUUCCUCCUGAAUUAUUAAAAACGGAUGUAACUGACGUUUGUUGCUCCAAAGUCAAGAGGACCGAAAUAUGUUCUAACAAUUUAUUUGAAAGACUUGAAAAGGUAUCAGAUUAUAUUUUGCCAUUUCGAAAAAUAUUAGAGAGCAUUUUAGCAGAAAUUCUAGUUUCAAGAUACAAUAGUGCUAGCAAAUUAGUAAAGAAUAUAAUGUCAGAGGAAUAUAAAAUGGAGUCUCAUUUGACAUUAAUGAGAUCCGUGUACAUGAUGGAAGCAGGCCACAUUAUGAGCAAAUUUUACCAGAAGUUGUUCCAAGAGAUCGAAUGUAAUCAAAUGUGGAAUAAUUCGUACUACUUAUCAUGUAUACUCGAGGAAACCCUGUCUCAGAAGUGGUCGGAUUUAAGUUCACGUUGGUCUGUUUCGGUUUGUAGUACGUACACAAAUCAAGUGUUAGUGGCCGUGGAUGAUAUAACAUUACACUAUGCGAUAGGCUGGCCUAUAAAUAUUAUAUUGAAUAAAGAAACUUUAAUAAAAUAUAAUGAAAUAUUCAGAUUUCAAUUAAGAUUGAAAUGGGCUUUAUGGACAUUGAAUAAUUUAAGAUUCUGUGAUCUGGAAGGUUCAAAAUCAAUGUGCAACAAAAAUAAGUUGGAACAAUUUCACAUAAGACGUAUCGAAAGUUUGCGGUUUUGUUUAUUACACGCGAUUACCUCGAUACAUACGUACUUGUCGGGCCAAGUGCUGCAAAAUUUAAGUCUUGUUUUCGAGAAAUCUUUGACGCAAGCUGAGUGUCUCGAUACGAUCGUGUCAGUUCACAAUGAGUAUUUGCAAAAAGUUUACGAACACUGUUUAUUAACGCCAGAAUAUGAUGAUUUAAUGGCGACCGUGAAUAAUUUAAUCGAAAUGUGUAGUCAUGUUCGAGCUAGAUGGAACUAUAAGAAAUUAAUGUUCGCCAGCGAAGAAUUGGAUCUCUUGGAGAGCAGUUACACCAAAUACCACACGUAUCUUGCUUUAGCGCUUCAUAAUGCAGUACAAAAUAAGGAUGCAAAUUACUGUAAGUCAGAAGUUCUAUUGACAGGGUUGUACAACAUAUUUCAAUUAAAUAUUCCUGAAUUUGAUAGAAUCACUGCAGACCUGCUUACACGAUAAAUUAUAGAAUUAUUAAAUAA